AUGAUGGUCGCGGUGGCCGACGGCGUUCUUGAGCCUGAAGAUAUCCUCGAACCCCUCGAUCUCUGCCUCGGCUGUCGCGCCUGCGAAACGGCCUGUCCGGCCGGCGUGGAGUUCGGCCGGCUGCUGGAGGCCGGACGGGCUGCCGCGGGGGUUGGACAGCCCGCAUCGCGUCUUGGCGGCUGGCUGCGCCGACUGUUCAUGGAACACAUUCUGCCGUCCCCGCACCGUUUGCACCGACUGUCCAACCUCCUGCGUGUGUAUCAGAUCAGUGGCGUGCAGGCGCUCGUGCGCUUGAGCGGCCUGCUGCCCCGGCUGGCGCCAAGGCUUGCUGUCAUGGAAGCGCUCCUGCCCGCCGUCCCUCCCGCAAAGGCGCGCCAAUCCCUACCCGUGGAAACGCCCGCGCACGGCGAGGAGCGCGGAGGUGUGCUUUUGCUCACGGGUUGCGUGACGCCGCAGGUUUUGCCGCAGGUGAAUCGUGCCACCGUGCGGGUGUUGGCCCGCAACGGCUACCGCGUCCUGGCCAACCCGGCGCAACCGUGCUGCGGGGCGUUGCAGGCGCAUGCCAACCAUCUGGGAAGUGCACGGCGGCUGGCGCGGCUCCAUAUUGCCGCGUUUGAGGCGAGCGGGGCGGACUGGCUCGUGGUCAACGCUGCGGGCUGCGGGGCGUUGAUGAAGGAUUACGGCCACCUGCUAGCCGACGACCCCGAAUUUGCGGCGCGGGCGGAGAUUUUUGACGCCCGUGUGCGUGAUAUUAGCGAAAUCUUGGCUGCCGACCCUCUGCGGGGGCCUUUGCAACCCGUGCCGUUAAGGGUGGCGUACGACGACCCGUGUCACCUGUCACACGGGCAGAAGAUUCGCCAGCAACCGAGGGACUUACUGCGGCAGGUGCCAGGACUGGAAUUGCUGGAAGUUCCCGAGAGCGACUGGUGCUGCGGCAGCGCCGGCACCUUCAAUUUGUUUCAUCCGGAAACGGCCGAGGCGCUUCUCGACCGUAAAAUGGCCCACCUUGCAUCGGUGCGGCCUGAUGUUGUCGUCAGCGGCAAUCCUGGCUGUCUCCUGCAACUCCGCCAAGGGGCUGCACGGCACGGACUGACCGCCGAAAUCCUCCAUCCGAUCGAGAUGCUGGACCGUGCCUACAGGACGUAA